UUCCAUCUCAACUCUACGUGUCUUUUUCUCUCUUGAAUGCGAUUCAUAUAUAUCAAUGCAAAUUCGGCAAAAUAAAAUUAAUAAAUCUUCAUAGAUUCUCCCAUCGCUAUUGCAGUUAACUUUUCUCACGCAAUUCGAUUUCGUGUUGAUCGGAAUUCGCCUGCUAAAUUAAUUGGAUUGCGGAGGGGAAAGUUCUGUUUCUUGACCAGGUGUUUUGCCAAUUGCUCAUCAAUGGUUUGAUGAUGGCGGCAUUGCUCACAAAGCAAGAACAGCUCAGUCAGUGCACAAACAAUGAUAUGCCAUUGAGGCCAAGAAGCCUGAGACAUUCGCCUACAAGGAAGAGGAAAUUUAUCAUUGAUACAGAGGAUGAGGAAGAAUUUGAUGGAAACUUAGAAUUAUUGCCUACAGGAGAUUUGUCAAAUCAGAGGAAAAGAUUGUUUGGAAGCAGCAAUAAUAUCUCUUGCUCUGUGAUAUCAACAACACCGCAUCAGAUUGUUCCGAUCAUAGCAGGAGUACCAAAGGCAAAGAGAAGUGGCUCCAGAAGGAAAGGAAUGGGAACUCAGAGAGUUGUAGAUGCAGACACAUGGACCCCAUCCUUAGACAAACUUCUCUGUUCAAAGAAGGCAUGCCAGCCUCUUUCUUUUGGUGAACUGAAGUAUGAUAGCCUGGACGAGGAAGGUGAAGUUCGUUUUAGACCCCUCAGAAAGUUAUCAAAAAAAGAGCAUACUGUGAAACACAUAAUGGCUAUUACGGAAACAAAAGGCUUUCUUGAGAAAGAACCCUCAGGAAAAGUUUGCAAGGUGUCAAAUGAGAGAAAGAUAUGUGGGAAUAAACUCAAGAGGAAAAAAGUUGAAAGUGAUAGUGAAGAAGAGUGGGAAGAGCAUAAGACGAAAAAAAGGGUACCUGUGGUUCUAUCUGGUAGCCAGAAAGCAAAGCAUCGAACAUUGAGAAGGAAUUGUGUUUCUUCAAACAAGUAUUUAGAAGAUUUCAUUGUUUGUGAUUGGGUGGAUGAUGAAGAAAUAGAAGAAGAAAAUGUGGCUUCAAUCAUAGAUACAACGAUGGGAGGUAGUGAUGUUUAUGCUGUCCGAAGUAGUGAUGAUAGCUCAAAGUCUGAAAUAAGUUUGUGCGCGAAAAGGAAAUGUGGUGAUUCUGCAUAUCAAUGUUUAUCUAACUUAUCAUCAUCACCCCCCUCCUCCACUUCCUCCUCUUCCUCCUCAUCGGCUAGUUUGUCAAUUUUGAAAACUGAUAGAGAAAAAGUAAAAAGGUCACCAGUUGAACAUAUGAAGGUAAAUGUAAAGAAGUCCAUUAAGUGUCAUCAAUGUGGCAGAGAAGACCGACGGAUUGUUGUUCCAUGCACCAAAUGUGAAGGAAUCUUUUAUUGUGUCCAAUGUAUCAAACAAUGGUAUCCAACAUUAUCUGAAAAGGAAGUUUCAGAGGCUUGCCCAUACUGCCGAAUGAUUUGCAACUGCAACUUGUGCUUGCAUUCACCUUCCACAUUAAAGACAUCAAAAAGAGAUAUGAACAAUGGUGAGAAGAUUCAGCAUCUACACUACCUAAUCACUGAAAUUUAUCCGUACCUUGAACAUAUUCAUCAAGAACAAAUCAAAGAAAUCGAGGUAGAGUCAACAAUUAAAGGGAUACCAUCUUCUUCCGUUGAAGUAAAACGUGCAGUUUUCUAUAAUGAUGAGCGUGUAUAUUGCAACCACUGUUCAACUUCAAUUGUCGACCUUCACCGGAGCUGCCCAAAUUGCUCUUAUGAGUUGUGUAUUAGGUGCUUUCAGGAGAUCCGUGCUGGUCAGCUGCCAGGAAAUAUUAGCAAAACUGUCUUUCAGUAUGUGGACAGAGGCACCAGUUACAUGCAUGGUGAUGGAGAAUUCACAGAAUCUUGUCAUGGAGAUUCAUUGGGUAUAGAAUCUGGAACACCUGUUGAGUGGGCUGACAUCAGAGAUGGGGGAAUUGUUUGUCCCCCAAAAGAGAUGGGUGGGUGUGGUGGUUCCAAGUUACAACUCAAGUGUCUUCUUCCAGAAAAAUGGAUAUUAAAUUUGAAAAGAAGAGCUGAGAAGGUCAUGAGUGAAUGUAAGAAAACCGUUUUUAAGCCCACACUCUUCGAAGGUGAGCCUGAAGACCCGUGCAAUGCAGCUUCCAGAGAAGGCUCUAAAGGUAACAGCUUGUAUUGCCCCGAUUCGAGGGAUAUCCUGAAUGAGGAAGGGGUUCUUCACUUCCGCCAGCACUGGGCCAGGGGAGAACCAGUCAUAGUCAGAAAUGUACUUGAGCACACAAGUGGGUUAAGUUGGGAGCCUAUGGUCAUGUGGCGUGCAUUGUCUGAGCAUACAGAUGACAGCAUCAGUUCAAAAAUAUCUGAAGUCAGAGCUAUUGAUUGUCUAGCUGGCUGUGAGGUGGAGAUCAAUACUCGCAAAUUCUUCAAAGGUUACACGGAAGGGAGACGAUAUGCAAACUUCUGGCCAGAGAUGCUUAAGCUCAAGGACUGGCCACCAUCAGACAAAUUCGAGGAUUUAUUACCACGCCAUUGUGAAGAGUUCGUUCGAGCCUUGCCAUUCCAAGAAUACACUGAUCCAACUGCUGGAGUUCUUAAUGUUGCUGCAAAGUUGCCUUCAACUGCCUUGAAACCUGAUAUGGGUCCAAAGACAUAUAUUGCAUAUGGGACUGUAGAGGAACUUGGAAGAGGGGAUUCUGUGACUAAGCUCCACUGUGAUAUGUCAGAUGCGGUGAAUAUUUUGACACACACAGCAGAUGUGGCUAUAAGUGAGGAGCAGUAUGAAGCAAUUGAAUUGUUGAAAGAAAGGCAUCGGGCGCAGGAUGAAGAAGAAUGCAAGGCCAGAAGAAAAAAUGCAACUGCAUGCACCACAAGUGACCGCUCCGACAGUGACAAAGGCACUAGCUUUUCACCUAACCUUCAUCAAUCAGACGACGGUGGUGGUGCUCUGUGGGAUAUUUUCAGAAGGGAAGAUGUUCCGAAAUUGAAAGCGUAUCUUGCUGAGCAUUCAAAUGAAUUUAGGCACACUUACUGCUGUCCAGUUGAGCAGGUCAUUCACCCAAUUCACGAUCAAACCUUCUAUUUGACUAAAGCACACAAAGCCAAACUGAAGGAAGAGUUUGGCAUAGAACCUUGGACGUUUGAACAAAAGAUCGGAGAAGCUGUCUUCAUCCCUGCAGGCUGCCCACACCAAGUCAGGAAUCUGAAGUCGUGUACCAAGGUCGCUGCUGACUUUGUUUCUCCGGAAAAUUUGCACGAGUGCCUUAAGCUGACUGAGGAAUUCAGGAAGCUUCCAAGGGAUCACAGAGCCAAAGAAGACAAAUUGGAGGUGAAGAAGAUGAUCCUUCAUGCAGUCAACAAUGCCGUUGAUGAGCUUGAGAAACUGAUAGCUGCACAAGAUGAGAGCUUUUAGCAAUAGCAGAAUUUUCCCGCUUUAUAUUUUGUUGAAAUAUUUUUUGGGUAUCAUAGAAAUAAAUAACUGGAAUUCUACAUAUAUUCCUCCUAAUCGUAGUAUAGAUUGCUUGAAGGUUUGUGCAAAACAGAUAUAAAUCAGCUGCAUAUAUAUUUUUUCCUUAUGAAGCUGAUACGAAAGGAUUAAAAGAAAAUAUAGAUCAUUACAUGCA